UUGAGGCCGAGUGUGCUUCGGAGAAGGGUGUUCAAUCAGUUAUUUGGACACAAUGUGGCAGCGCUGCUUACUGGUCCUGGUGGGCUCCCUUCUAAUGGUGGGGGCCCAGUUCCCCAGAGAGUGUGUGACGCCCGAGGGGCUCCUGAGCGGAGAGUGUUGCCCAUCCCCGUCAGGCCUGGGCGACGACCGAUGCGGCUCCACAGAGGGCCGAGGUCAGUGCGUGUCGGUAGCGGUGGACGCAAGGCCCCACGGCCCCCAGUACCCGCAUGACGGACGAGAUGACCGGGAGCGGUGGCCAGCGCGGUUCUUCAGUCGGACGUGUCAGUGCAACGGCAACUUUGGUGGUUUUAACUGCGGUCGGUGCAGGCAUGGAUGGAUCGGAACCAACUGUGACCAGAGGGUGUCUGUUGUGAGGAGAAACAUAAUGCAACUCAGCGCCCAGGAGAAGCUGGCCUUCGUGAACGCCUUGGACCGGGCCAAGCGCACCGUGCAUCCUGACUUGGUGAUCGCCACCCGCCGCUAUGCAGAGAUUUUCGGCCCAGAUGGCAACACAACGCAGUUCGAGAACAUCACCAUCUAUAACUACUUUGUGUGGAGUCAUUACUACUCUGUCAGCAAGACCUUCCUGGGGGCUGGACAGCCCAGUUUUGGAGGGGUGGAUUUCUCCCAUGAGGGUCCUGGUUUUGUCACCUGGCAUCGGUACCACCUAAUCCAGCUCGAGCAAGACAUGCAGGACAUGCUGCAGGACCCCACGUUCGCCCUGCCCUACUGGAACUUCGCCAUCGGGGGCAACACAUGUGACAUUUGCACAGACGAUCUCAUGGGAGCCCGGAGCAGCUUUGACGUCAACUCACUCAGCCCCAACUCCAUCUUCUCGCAGUGGAGGGUCAUCUGUGAGAGCGUGGAUGACUACGACACGCUGGGAACCAUUUGCAACAGCACUGAGACGUCACCGAUAAGACGGAACCCUGCAGGGAACGUGAACAGACCCAUGGUCCAACGUCUACCCGAGCCUCAGGAUGUAGCUGACUGCCUGCAAGUGGAUGCUUUUGACACACCGCCAUACUACUCCACAUCCUCUGAAAGCUUCAGAAACACAAUAGAAGGCUACAGCGCUCCCCAGGGGAACUAUGAUCCCGUGGUGAGGAGCCUCCACAACCUGGCUCACCUCUUCCUGAACGGCACUGGGGGACAGACCCACCUUUCUCCCAACGACCCAAUCUUUGUGUUGCUGCACACCUACACAGACGCUAUAUUCGAUGAGUGGCUGCGAAGGCAUAACCCAGGGUCGACUGUGUAUCCUGAAGAAAACGCCCCUAUUGGUCACAACAGGGGAUACAAUAUGGUGCCUUUUUGGCCCCCGGUUAGCAAUGCUGAGAUGUUUGUAACUGCCCCUGAAAAUCUGGGUUACUCUUAUGAAGUUGAAUGGCCAGGUCAAACGUUCACUCUGAUUGAAAUCAUCACAAUGUGCGUCAUCGCCGCCCUCCUCGUCGUCGCUACCAUCUUUGUCGCCACCACCUGUGCCGUGCGUUCCCGCGCGUCCAAGGCAGAGGGCCGCCAGCCGCUCCUUGAGGACCAGUACCAGCGCUAUGGGGACGACAAAGGCCAAUCUGUUGUCUAAUAUAGAGUAUAAUAUAAUAAUGUCUUAUUGUUGUUUUGUUUUUUCACCAAAUGUGCCUCUUCAAUACAGCACAGCUUAUUUAUAUACUGAAUGGAGAGAUAUUUGGGUUAGAAGUUGAUUGUUUUUGAAUGUUUACGACAGUUUAAACCAAUAAGAUCAUGCAGGUUUGCAAAGACUGCAAAACCUAUUUUGGAGCAAAUAAUAUUCCUAUAAAAAUAAAUACAAUUUUGUACAACAAUAUUAUAAUAUUAUACAACUACAAUGCUCUUAACACGUGAAAAGACAACUGGUUCACCCUAUAAUUUAUGCCACCACGCAUAUUUUGUGUCAAAAACUGUCAAAAAAAUUGUAAUUGCACCGUUUGCCCAUUGGGUGGCACUGCAAACCAGUUUGGCGCUGAAAAGCACGCUAAUGAGUUGUGACGCAUUCAUGGAUCCAUUUCAUAGCAAGCGAAAAACUGUCCUCGUUUAAACAUUUCUAAAAUAAAAUGUGACACAUGUUCUACUCUU